AUGGUUUUAAUAAUUGUUUCCUCACUCAAUUUUCUCGGUCACCUGGUCGACACCAACAGCAUCCAUCCUCUCUCUUCAAAAAUUUCGACCAGCACUGCAAAGGAUUUGGACAUGCUUAACGUCUACGGUCGAGUCCUCCCUAACUGUGCCGACACCAUUCUGCUGCUCAAGACACUCUUCUUGGGCCCCAGAGAGUCUUCCGAGCUACCCGAAGACACCCUUGCUGUUCUUGAGAAGGCCAAGGUUGCCCCGACCGAUACCACCUGA